AGCAAUUACAAAAAGAAUUAAAGCAAAAAAUCAAACCAGGUAUUAAGCCUUCGGACUUAAAAAAAAGUCGGGGCACUAUUCCUACUCCUCCCCCUCCACUUUCUAGCCCAAAAGACAAACCCAGUCCCAAAAAUCCAGUCCCCGAAAAGCCCAAGCCAAAUCUGGUCGAAGUUAAAGUCACCAGGGAAAUUUCCCCAAUUACGGAACCAACUCCCCAACAUUAUCUUUUCACUUGUGAUAUUUGUGAAACUCACCAAAAAAGCCACCUCCACCGAGGCCGAGUCAACGGACUGGGCCUGGACCCUAAUAAAGUGCUGAAAAUCUGUGCUAACUACAGCCAUUACGAACCCGAGGAAGGAAUUUUUUACGGCAAAUUAUUCGGCAAGUUAACCCAAGACAUUAUCCGAGACAGCCGAAAUCGGGAAAUUUAUGACAAUGUUUUUAAAGUCAUUAAGUUAAAGGACAAAGAAUUAUUUAAGUCAGGCAGCAAAGUCGAGCAUAGCAAAACCGACGAGAAAAUUAAGGCUACUCCCCAAGCUACCCGAAUAAAAAAUAUUCCUACGACCCCAGGAGGAGAUUUAACCAGCAGCACUUACGGCCGAGCCGAAAUAUUAGAACAAGAAAAACGAGACCUUAAACCCUACGAAAAAGAAAUUACGAGAGGCCGAAGAGCCACUAAUAAAGAAGAGGAAGACGAGGAAGAAGAAGCCGUAAUUACUCCUAAAAAGAAAAAAAUUCGAGAAAAAGAACAUGCCCCACCUACUUCUUUAACGGGUUUGGGUAUUCAAAAGCAGAAGGAAUUAGCCGAAGGACUAAUUAAAGCCUGGGAAAAAGAUUUGAAUGUUCCCCAGUUAGCCAAGUUUAACGAAAUAAUGGACGAGGUGGUCGGAUAUGCCGAGUUCAAAACCAAAAUGAAAAU